AUGCCUCCCCGACCAGCUCCCACGCACUUCCUGUGCAUCCCUCUCAUCACCCCCUCAUCCCGUCCUCAGCUCUCCAAGAGCUUGGCUUCCUUCAAAGCGGACGUCACCAGCCCAGACAGCUUCGCAAUUCCCUCAGACUCCGUCCGGCCUCUCGGAACCCUCCAUCUUACCCUCGGCGUAAUGUCCUUCCCCAAGAACGAAGGCCUCGACAAAGCGGUCGAAGUUCUCAAGUCCCUCAGGCCGCGAGAGAUCCUAUCAACUGUCAAGCCGUUGUCCUCUAUCACCCAACUCGCUGGCCCCGCCACGAGUACCCCCGAGAAGCCUCUUUCCCUCACCCUCCGCGGCUUACAUUCUAUCCAGCCGGCCCCCAAGGCCUCGGUCCUCUACGCGCCACCCGUCGACACCGAGGGAGUCUUCCGCGCCUUCUGCGAGAAGUUGAGAGCGGUGUUUCAGGAGGCCGAGGUGAUGGAAAAAGAGGAUCGGCCGUUAUUGUUGCACGCUACCAUCGUGAAUACGAUAUAUGUCAAGGGGAGGGGGAAGAAGGGGUCCAAGGUGACCAUCGACGCGAGGGAUAUACUCGACCGGUACGAUGAUUAUGUCUGGAUGGAGGACGUGCCCGUGGAGAAGAUUGCCAUCUGCCGGAUGGGGGCGAAGAAGAUUGAGGGCGAGGAUGAUCAGGAAUACGAGGUCGAGGCUGAGAUUGAAUUCUGA